GGCACCUCCGUCAGGGGCACCGGGAACGGGCCCCGUCCGGCGCCUCCUUGAGGGGAACCGAGGCGGCCAUGGGCCCUGGCACCUCCGUCAGGGGCACCGGGAACGGGCCCCGUCCGGCGCCUCCGUGAGGGGAACCGAGGCGGCGAUGGGCACCUCCGUCAGGGGCACCGGGAACGGGCCCCGUGCGGCGCCUCCGUGAGGGGAACCGGCAGCGAGCCCAGUCCGAGGGUAUCUCCGGGAGCGGAACCGAAGUGGGACUUGCAAAAUGUGGAAUAUGUCAAGAUUAUUUUAAAUUAGAAUGUUUUUUAAAAUGCAAACUCUUUGUAUACUUUCAAACCUAAUCAGUAAGAAAGGAGACCUAGCAGCUAGUGGCCGUUAGUCAACAACAUAUGGGAACUAACAAGCUUUAGGAAUGUAUUAAAUCAAAAUGUUGAUGUAUGUGUAUGUAUACACUGAUAAUUUGGCAAAGGACUCGAGGUCUGUAUACCCUACAGCUGAACUAUCUUCAUUAUAGUCCUUAAGAUAUGUCUAAGGGUCAAAAAGACCCUGGCCAGGUGCAAACCCUUCUCCACUGCAUGUGGAGAUAGCUGGGGAUUGACUAACUUGUAUGGAAAUUACUAAAUAAUCUUAAUAGAGGGACUGACCUUGGAAAAACACUAACUCUGAACUUCUGUAAAUAAUGGCGUGGAAAGUCCAGUGGGGUGUGUUGGAUUUGUAGAAACCCACCAAGCAUCCAUGCUUGUGCAAAUGAUGUCUCUCUCAAGUGUGUAAUUAUUGGCUUGUUGCAUACCACAUAAUAAAUCUGAUUUUGAGGACAACAGGAUGGAAUUUCCUCGAGGAGAACACCCAGAGAUCCAGGCUACACCAGGAGAAACCAGCUCCAUCCCUCCCCACACUUCUUGUUGCACCCUGAACAGAACCAUUCCAGCUAGUUUUUGCUAUGUGAAGAUGCCCUGAGGAGCAAGCUGGCCCCAGGAAUGGAUCUUCCAUCAGCCAGAGGAAACCAGUGACUCAGAAAUAGAGACUUCACAGAUCCAUGAAAAAGCAGCCUGCCACAUGCUGUGCAGCAGUUCCUCUUUUUUUACCCUUGUUUUUAAUCUUUCAUGCAGUCUGCAGCAUCACAUGUUCUGUUCACACAUCUUUUCAGUGUAAAGGCCAUAUAUGUACCAGUGUGGAGGGAUGUCAUGCUAAUAACCAUUAAUUAGUAGUAACAUACAUCAGCAGAUGAUGCAGAAGAAAGAGAGUGAGCAGACUUUAUGGGUACUACCUCCAGUACAAGCUACUGUCAGCAUUAGUGUAUUAUAACAAUGUGCAUUAAGGGAAAAUGCUGGUACAGGCUGCCCAGAACAGUGGUGGAGUCACCAUCCCUGGAAGUGUUCCAAAAACAUGCGGAUGUGGCACUUGGGGACAUGGUAUAGUGGUGACCUUGGCAGUGCUGCAUUAAUGGUUGCACUCCAUGAUCUGAAAGGGCUUUUCCAACCUUUACAAUUCUCACUCUGUAUAAAGAAGGAAAGGAGGAGGGGCUACCAAAUUUCCAUCAUUUGGUGUUAAAUUGUAAAGAAGGAAAACGCUACUAACAUUUUUCAGUUAAUUCACCAUAUCCGAAGGCAGGCAGGAUCCGUUGGGUGUACCUGCAGCUGAAGAGCACUAAUGAGCAGCUAUUACUUCUUUGGCUAAAUCCUGUAACCUGAGUCUCCGUGGUGCAUACGGGAGACGGGUGAAUGCUGCUGGAUAAGAGUCUCAAGCAGCCAGACUAAAGAUUUGAUGAAAUGCUCUUAUUAUGAUACUUUGCAGCCUGUAGAAGUUGGUUACCUGAUCCUCUGCUGUACCUGAGACUCAUUGUUGCAGCUUUUAAUAACUGAAUAUCCAGACGACCUAUAAAGGUGCCUUUGAGGAAAGAACUGACAGGAGUCAGUAUUCCCAGCUCAAAAUGGGCAACAAGCAAACCAUUUUCACUCAAGAGCAACUGGAUGCAUAUCAGGACUGCACAUUUUUCACAAGGAAAGAAAUUCUGAGGCUGUUUUACAGGUACCGAGAUCUGGCCCCGCAGCUCGUCCCCCUUGACUACUCUGACAAUCCAGCCGUGACACUGCCCUACGAGCUCAUCGGCAGCAUGCCAGAGCUCAAGGACAACCCCUUCCGCCAGCGGAUAGCAGAGGUGUUCUCAGAGCACGGAGAUGGCAAUAUGACUUUAGAUGAUUUUUUGGACAUGUUUUCUGUGCUAAGUGAAAUGGCACCCAGAGACUUGAAAGCUUAUUAUGCUUUUAAAAUUUAUGACUUCAACAACGAUGAUUACAUAUGCAAAUCAGAUCUAGAGAAAACUGUUAACAAACUAACCCGAAAUGAACUGACCCCAGAAGAAGUCAGCCUUGUGUGUGAAAAGGUGAUUUACGAGGCUGAUGUGGACAACGACGGCAAGCUGUCCUUGGCAGACUUUCAGCGUAUGAUCAUACGAGCUCCAGAUUUCCUCAGCACCUUUCAUAUUCGAAUCUGAAUCUAGUCAACCACGGGGACAGGAACGCUUCUGGGACUUUCAACAACUCUUACUUCACCUGAGAUAACCAGCCACGAGAGCACAAGAUGAGAGGGGCAAAGAGGACAGCUGCUGGUAAUGGGACCAGUCAGAGAACUGUCUUUUGUUUAUCUCUGUAAAGGGAACAAUUCACUAAGCUCUUCAUCAGGAUUUCCCUGCAAUUUAGCAGAAUGUCUACUCCUCACUCUCAGUUAGAGCAAACCUGGCCUGGAUAAUCAGAAGGGAAGUAUUUUUUUUUUAAGUUCAGACACCACCAGAUAGCAAAGGAACUCAUAUCAAACUAUAACCGCUAAAAAUUCGCCCAAAAAUGUCUUAACCAGUAAAAAAAUCCCUUUUGUUUCCAAAACAUAAGUAACUCCUCUGAUUACUUACGGUCUUUAUAAAUUGUCCAGUGAAUCAAUUCCUGAAUAUUCUCCCACAGUGCAGGAUUUACAAUGAAAAAGUCAGCACAGUUUAGACAUAAAAGAGUCUACCUACCCCAGGUCCUGUCCCUCUUCUCCAUUUCCAGAAAUCCCCUAUUUUCCACACCCACCAGGGUCCCUAUGCACAAAUUAGUAAUAGGACUGAAAACUGACGUUUGUAAAAUUCUCUUUUCAUAAGAAGUUUAUUUAUGCAGUUCUCAGGGUCCUGCACAAGAGAGUAAAAACAGACACACUGUAAUACAUUUUUAAUAUAAACAUGAAAAUCAAUGAG